UUACCUCAGGUCCGCAUUGAGGCUGGAGUUUUGGCGGAAUACUAAACAAGCUGAAAUUCGUAAGAAUUAUACCUUAGAAACAACAAUAUUGCCACGUUGCACCAUCUUGGAAAGAAAAAAACUUUCUUCAAUAAUCAUAAAAAGGCUAAACGCUUUGCCUCUUAUCAUUUAAUCGUUAGUUCUGUAAAAAGAUGGGUAGCAAAACAACACCAUGCUGCAAGAUAGGCCCAUCAAUCUUGAAUGCCGACCUUGCAAAUUUAGGUGAAGAAAGCGAAAGACUUCUCGAUAGUGGUGCAGAUUAUUUGCAUUUGGAUGUAAUGGAUGGAAAGUUUGUACCCAAUAUUACAUUCGGAGCACCUGUUGUUAAAUGUUUAAGAAGAAGAGUGCAUAAAGCGUUUUUUGAUAUGCACAUGAUGGUUGCUGAACCAGAAAAGUGGGUAACCGAUAUGUUUGAUGCAGGCUGCAAUCAAUACACGUUUCACAUUGAGGCAACAAGUGAUCCUGCCAAACUCAUUCGACAAAUUAAGGAAACAGGUAUGCAAGUGGGAAUUGGAGUGAAACCAAAGACAAAUGUUGAUGUUGUUCUUCCAUAUGUUGAUCAAGCUAAUAUGAUCCUUAUUAUGACAGUAGAACCUGGCUUUGGAGGUCAAAAAUUCAUGUCUGACAUGAUGCCAAAAGUCAAGAAACUGAGAGAGCUUUAUCCAGAACUUGACAUUGAAGUGGAUGGGGGUGUUGGCCCUGCUAAUAUUGAUAUUGUUGGCGAAGCAGGAGCCAACAUGAUAGUUUCAGGGACAGCCAUUGUCAAAAGUGAAGAUCCAAGGAAGACAAUUAGAGAAUUAAGAUCUGGUGUUGAGAAAUUCAUAGUCAGUUGAUUUGAAUGUUAAACAGUAACUUUUUAGGCGGUUUUAAGUAUUUCUUUUAUGAAAAAUCUAGUGUCUUCAUUGAAGUUGAAUUUCGAUAUAAUCAA